GCGGGCGGCGGCGCUCCCGCAACUCCUCGGGCGGUUGGGGGGCCGGCGGGGCCGGCGCUGGGCGGGCUGGUCUUUGUCUGGCGACGGCAGCCGCUCCUCCGUGGCGUGCUGCGGGGUCCGGCGGCUCCUCCGACUCUGUCGGAGGUUUUUACCGGAGGUUCGGUUCGAGCGCUGCGCAGCGGGAGAGGGGCUGGCGGGAGGACCCGACUCGUCGCCUCUUGUUGAACACCUUUUCUUUACUUGAGACGACUUUAUCCUCACUUCGUAAAACUUUGGAGCUCUGUUGAGAGAGUUUGGGAAAGUAACAAACAAAAUACCAUUUCUGAAAGAAGGUUUUGGGUAACAGAAGUUCUGGAUAACAGGGCAAACCAAUUCCAUCACCAUGAGUUGGAGCUUCCUGACUCGCCUGCUAGAGGAGAUUCACAACCAUUCAACGUUUGUUGGGAAGAUCUGGCUCACUGUGCUCAUUGUCUUUCGAAUUGUCCUAACUGCUGUGGGAGGAGAGUCCAUCUACUAUGAUGAGCAAAGCAAAUUUGUGUGCAACACAGAGCAGCCGGGUUGUGAGAAUGUCUGCUAUGAUGCCUUCGCACCGCUCUCCCACGUGCGCUUCUGGGUGUUCCAGAUCAUCCUGGUGGCAACUCCCUCUGUGAUGUACCUGGGGUAUGCCAUUCAUAAGAUUGCCAAGAUGGAGCAUGGAGAAGCAGACAAGAAGGCAGCUCGGAGCAAACCCUAUGCCAUGCGUUGGAAACAGCACCGGGCUCUGGAAGAGACAGAGGAAGACCACGAAGAGGAUCCUAUGAUGUACCCAGAAAUGGAGUUAGAAAGCGAAAAAGAAAAUAAAGAGCAGAGCCAGCCAAAACCUAAGCAUGAUGGACGGCGGCGGAUCCAGGAGGAUGGGCUCAUGAAAAUCUACGUGCUGCAGCUGCUGGCCAGGACUGUGUUUGAGGUGGGCUUUCUAAUAGGACAGUACUUCCUGUAUGGUUUUCAAGUCCACCCAUUUUAUGUGUGCAGCAGACUUCCUUGUCCUCAUAAGAUAGACUGCUUUAUUUCUAGACCCACCGAAAAGACCAUCUUCCUCCUGAUAAUGUAUGGUGUCACAGGCCUUUGCCUAUUGCUUAACAUUUGGGAGAUGCUUCAUUUAGGGUUUGGGACCAUUCGAGAUUCACUAAACAGUAAAAGAAGGGAGCUUGACGACCCGGGUGCUUAUAAUUAUCCUUUCACUUGGAAUACACCAUCUGCUCCCCCUGGCUAUAACAUUGCUGUCAAACCAGAUCAAAUCCAAUACACCGAGUUGUCCAAUGCUAAGAUUGCCUACAAGCAAAACAAAGCCAAUAUCGCCCAGGAGCAGCAGUACGGCAGCCAUGAGGAGCACCUCCCGGCUGAUCUGGAGACUCUGCAGCGGGAGAUCAGGAUGGCUCAGGAACGCUUGGAUCUCGCAAUCCAGGCCUACCAUCACCAAAACAACCCCCAUGGUCCUCGGGAAAAGAAGGCCAAAGUGGGGUCCAAAUCUGGGUCCAACAAAAGCAGUAUUAGUAGCAAAUCAGGGGAUGGGAAGACCUCCGUCUGGAUUUAAUCUUGGUUGGGCUUACAAUUCGGAUUUUCAUAGUUUAUGGUAAGCAGCGACUCGCUGAAUAAUGACUUCCAUUGAGUAAACAUUUGGCUCUGGUUAUCUUCAGGGAUGCUGUUGGCUCAUGAUCCCAACUCAGGGACUCUGAAGGUGGAGCUGGGAUGAGUGGGGAGGGAAACACAGUGUUCCCAGGCACAGGUUCUCAGCAGUAAUACAGUGCAGAACUUUAUGUUGUGUCUUCCAGAUCCAGAGAAGAACAGAUAUAUUUAAAUCAUUCUGUUGAACAGUUUUUGUAUGUACAGUAUUAUGGUACUUUUUUUUUAGUAUGAUAACUUUUUUUGUAUUUGUACAUUGGACUGCUGUAGUUAUACUUUUUUAUAUUAAAGAAAAAAAUCGU